UUUCUUUUGCCCAGUAUCUUUAAAGUCUUUUUAUUUCAGAGCUCAUAGUAAUUGAGGUGGGUAUCUGAAAGGUCGGGACUACUAGCCCAUUUCAGACCCAUCUCACCUGCUUUUGUAUCCAGAAAGAAGAAGGUCUGUCUCUGGUCAUGAACGAGGUGUAGUUUUUGGUGAGCUUGAGAAUCUUGAAUAUAUUAUUAGUAAUUGUUAUAUUGAAAUUUAAUGGCUUGCUCGAAGCAUGUUUUUCCUGAAGAAAUGACUAUGGAAAUACUGAAAAGGGCUCCGCUAAAGCUAUUGAUCCGGUGUAGGUCUGUUUGCAAGUCUUGGCUAUCUAUCAUCGCAGACCCUGAAUUCAUUAAAACUCACUUUCAAUACCAACAGUAUAUGACUGACAAGGAAGCUUCACUAUUGAUGAUUGUUGAAUCAUAUUUACCGCUACCUCCAUUAGUCUCUCCAGACUUUAAAUGUUAUCUAUAUGUGCCACACAAGUUCACAGUUAUUGGUUCCUGUCAUGGUAUUAUUUGUCUGGUGGACGAUAUACAUUGUUACCUCUGGAACCCAUUAACCAAGCAAUGCAAACAACUUCCUACGUUUCCUCGGAAUCAAAAGCCUAUAGUGAAUGUUCAUCAUGCAGGUAAUAUAGCCUUUUGUUUCGAUACUAUCUCCAAUGACUACAAGGUUCUGCGGCUUCUUUGCGAACUCCUUACUACUGGCGGGUUACCAGUUUUGCAGCUGUAUUCCACAAAUACUAAUUCUUGGCAAGAGAUUUAUAUUAAUGAUACAUCCCCAUCAAAAGUUCUGUGCUACCCGUAUCUGAAACUUGGUCCUGUUAUAAAUGGGGUGAUAUACACAGGUCGAAAGGAAUAUGCGGUUUCGUUUAAUAUGCACACGGAGGUGUGUACGGCUAUCCCAAUCCCCAGUUCCAUGGUAAGAUACUCAGAUAUUUUGGAUUUUGAAGGUUCGGCUGCUGUCAUAUGUGGAUCGGCCAGUAGAGGAUCUGAACUUAGUCUAUUGACAUUAGAUAAUGUUGAUGGCAAAAUCUCUUGGACCAAGAUGUUUAAUAUUAUUCAAGAUGGCAUGGGUUGGAUAUAUUCUUGUUUGGGCGGUGGACUGCUUUAUGGAAGAAAAAGAGGAGAUGUUACUGAAUACUUCUUGUAUGACUACAGGAACAAAGAUUUCAAAUAUAUGCCACUUUCAAAUAGCCCGGUGAGAACAUUCCUUAAAUACACAGAGACCGUUGCUUCAGUCAAAGGGUUAAGUCAUGAUUUAUAUGAGUUCAAUAAAACUGUGUCCUUGCUAUAGUUGGAUAUUUCAGAACUUGUGGGGUGUGUUCUGUUAGACAUGUACUAAAUUUCUGCUCUUGAUUAGUUCAGGAGUUUUUGUUUGGGUGUUUUUUACCUACAUUCUCAUAUGUAAGGUACUUUACUUGCUUUUAUUACUUCAGGGUUUUGUUCUAACUACAGUCUAAAUUCUAAAUUCUCAAGUGAAUUGCCUGAGUUGGUUCUGUUCUUGUAUGUUCCUGAACUGUAUCCUUGCUAUAGUUGGAUGUUUCAGAACUUGUUGGGUGGUUCUGUUAGACAUGUACUGAAGUUCUGCUAUUGAUUAGUCCAGGAGUUUUUUUUUA